UUUGUAAAUGACUUGCAUGGUCUUAUCAGUCCUGUGCCUAAAGGGACUCCACUUCCCCUUGUUUUACUUGGAAAGUCUAAGAACGCACUUUUAUCUACGUUCUUGUUCCUGGAUCAAAUUGUGUGGCUUGGGAGAUCAGGAAUAUAUAAGAACAAAGAACGUGCUGAGUUACUUGGACGUAUAUCUCUUUUCUGCUGGAUGGGAUCUUCUGUGUGUACAACUUUAGUCGAGAUUGGUGAGAUUGGAAGGCUUUCUUCAUCAAUGAAGAAGAUUGAAAAAGGACUCAAGAAUGGUAACAAGUAUCAAGAUGAGGAGUAUCGCGCUAAGCUUAAAAAAUCAAACGAGAGGUCACUUGCUUUGAUCAAAGCAGCUAUGGACAUUGUUGUAGCAGCUGGUCUGCUUCAGUUGGCUCCAAAGAAGAUCACUCCUCGUGUCACCGGAGCUUUUGGA